UCAAACACCCCAAAUUAGGGUUCCAAAACUUGGGCAACUUCAGCUGCUCAUACACACACAAGAAAAUACACAGAACAGUAUUGUCGUCUCUCACUGCAGAGCAGAGAAGAAUCAGAGGAGAAAAUGGCAAAGUCGAAGAAUCACACAGCGCACAAUCAGUCACACAAAGCCCAUAAGAACGGCAUCAAGAAACCCAAACGCCAUCGCCACACAUCCACCAAAGGGAUGGACCCGAAGUUCUUGAGGAACCAAAGGUAUGCAAGGAAGCACAACAAGAAGAGCGGUGAGAGUGCCACCGAGGAAGAGUAGAUUGAAAUUACAGUCACCCUUCCCCCUUUGUUUGGAAAUUGGAUAAUUGGCAUUUUGCUAUCUGGAAUUUGGGUUUUUGACUUUUUCCUAUAAAUUUGAUGAUGAUUAACUUGAGUUUACCUUUCGUUUGAUUAUAGUAAUGAGAUCCUUUUCAUGUUACUAUUAUGUCUGAUCUGAACUGUUAGUUUUCUUGUCCAAUGCCGGUUGGAAAUUCACAUGAGCAUCUUUUCAUCA